CUUGCCCACACCCUUCUGAAACACACAUGCAAUAUCAGACGCAGCUCUGGACUCGCUAAUAGAGAGACAUAGACACUGGCACGUGCAGCUUCUGGAACCAGCACACCCUGCUCUAAGCUCUCUUUCUCCACUUACAGGCCAUCAUGUCUGACAAACCCAACAUGAGGGAAAUCUCCAGCUUUGACAAGACUAAGCUGAAGAAGACGGAGACCAGAGUGAAGAACCCAUUGCCAACCAAAGAMACAAUCGAUGAAGAGAGGAAGCGAGAGCCAUCGCAUUGACCAGAGGAAGAGUUUCAGACAARCUACUUUAAUUUGAUUAUCUGACUUGUCUGCCAAGAACCACCACUACAACGAGACCUAGACUUAUCACACUGGUGCUCAACAAAAUUAAAAAAAUACUAAAGGGGUAUUAGGAUUGGCUGUUACAGUCAGAGUAGCAGGAGGUUUUCAAACACUUAUGGCUCAAUUUGUUUUGUAUGUCUCUCUGGCUACGUUUACACAGGCAGCCCAAUUCAAAUCUUAUUUUCACCAAUCAGAUCAGCUCUGAAAAAUAUCUGUGUUGCUGCCAGUGUAAACACCGCCUUAGUCCGAGCAAUAAAGAUGACAUCGAGAAGAAAAAAAGUUUGUUUUUCUUACAUUGUCAUGUUUUAACAGGAUGUGUCCUCAAAUUAAAGUACACUACAGGCCUAAAGAUCAAAACCAGUAUAUUUUCCUCUUCAGAUGUAGUCUUCUACAUUUCCCAGAACCUCAGAUUAGCAGCUGCAGCUCAAUAAACAUGGAAUAGUGGCUA